UACAAAGCGGCUGGUAGGUUCCUUCUCUCUCUCCAGCCUUCUUGGGGUUUGCUGAUUUCUUGUGUCUGGAGGCUCUUCCUCAACCUGUGUCCUGGUGUAAUCUGCGCUGGCAUGGGUGUCGUGGGAAGAACUCAGGGAGACCCAGGAAAUCCAGAAAUGGAAACCUCAGUCGCCUUGCCAUCCCGGGGUUACUGCAGGCAGGACCUGAACUACAUUGACUUUGCUCCAGGAUCACAGGACCCACUGGCCAUUGAGGAUGUGGUUGUGAUCUUCACCCUGGAAGAGUGGGCCUUACUGGAUUCUUCACAGAAGAAACUCUACAAGGAUGUGAUGCGAAAAACUUUCAAGAACCUGGCCUCCAUAGGGAAAAAAUGGAACACUCAUGACAUUGAAGAACUGUAUAAAAACCAGGGGAGAAAACUAAGAAAUUAUAUGGUAGAGAAACUCUGCAAAAAUAAAGAGGGUAGUCAGUGUGGAGAAAACUUCAUUCUUAUUUCAAAUAGGAAUCUAAACAAGGAAACCACUGGAGUGAAAUUGCAUGAAUGCAGCACAUGUGGCAAAGUCUUCAUGCAUCACUCGUCCCUGACUAAGCACAUCAAAUGUACUGGACACAAAUGUUACAGCUAUCAGAAAUAUGGGGAGAAACUGUAUAGGUGUAAGGUGUGUGGGAGAGCCUUCAGUUAUCGCCAAUGGGCUGAAAAACAUGAGAGAAGUCAUAAUAAAGAGAACAAGUAUAAAUGUAAGGAAUGUGGGAAAACAUUUUCUGCUCCUGCAUCCCUUCAAGCACAUAAAAGGAUUCACACAGGAGAAACACCCUACAAAUGUAAGGAAUGUGGGAAAGCCUUCAUGUGGCAGACAGGAUUUCGGAGACACAUGAUAAUGCAUGCUAGGGAUUCUCCAUAUAAAUGUAAGGAAUGUGAUAGAAAUUUCAGUUGUUCCACUUCGUUGAGGGCACAUGAAAGAACUCACACUGGAGAGAGACCCUACCAAUGUAAGGAGUGUGGGAAAGCCUUUAGAUCUCACAGUUCCUUACAAAUACAUGAAAGGACUCACACAGGAGAGAAGCCACAUAAAUGUAAACAGUGUGGUAAAGCCUUCAAUUGUCCCAGUUCUUGCCGAAAACACGAAAGGGCUCAUACUGGAGAGAAACCUUACGAAUGUAAGGAAUGUGGGAGAACUUUUGGUGGCCUCUCAGGCAUUCGCGUACACAUGAUCACUCACACUGGAGAAGGACCUUAUAAAUGUAAGGAAUGUCAGAGAGCUUUUAUUUCUCCCAGUUCAUUCCGAGUACAUGAAAGGAUUCACACUGGGGAAAAACCCUAUAAAUGUAAAGAAUGCAGUAAAGCCUUUAGUUACUACUCUUCCUUUCAGUUACAUGAAAGAACUCAUACUGGAGAGAAACCCUAUGAAUGCAAGGACUGUGGGAGAAGCUUCCUUCGUUACCAAACCUUAAAACGACACAUGGGAUUGCACACGGGAGAGAAACCCUAUGAAUGUCAACAGUGUGGGAAAGCCUUCAGGUAUUACCUUCCCUUCCAAAAACAUGAAAGAAGUCAUUCUGUAGAGGAAACCUGUGAAUGUAAGCAAUGUGGGAAAACCUACCGAGAUUACAGUUCCUUAGAAACACACAAAAGAACUCAUAAUGGAGAGAGACCCUAUGAGUGUAAACAUUGUGGUAAAGCUUUCAGAUGUUUAUCUUGGUUCGGAAAACAUGAAAGGACUCACACUGAAGGGAAACCUAAUGAAUGCAAGGACUGUGGGAAGGCCUUCUCUCGUCCCCAGACCUUGAAAAUCCACAUGAGAGUGCACACUGGAGAGAAACCCUAUGAAUGCCAGCAGUGUGGUAAAGCCUUCAGAUACUCCUCUUCCUUCAGAAUUCAUAAGAGAAAGCAUCAGAAAUCCUUGGAAUGUAAGCAGUGUGGUAAAGCCUACAAUUCCUUAGAAACAAAAACUCAUAAGAAGCCCUAUCAGUGCCCAGGUUUGAAGAGCUUCAGGUGUUUUGAUGACAUGAAAUCACACAGGAAACCCUGAAUAGAAACAACAGUAGUUUUCUCAUUUAGGCUUUUAAAUACAUGAACUCACACUGAAGAGGAAUUCUGUGAAUUUAAGUGUGGUAAAGCCUUUGUCACACAGCCCUUUGAAGGUCUGUGUGAUACACACUUGAGAGACACAUGUAAGGAGUGUGGAAGGACUAAUCAUCCCAGUUCCUUCCAAAGUCAUGAGAGGACUCCCUGGGUAAAGAGGAGUGUAAACUGUGUGGGAACAACAUCUAAUGGUCUACAUCCUUACAUGUGAAAACUGACGAAACAAAAAUAUAACAAAACAAAAAUAUAAGUAGAAUGAAAAAGCCAAAUGGAAAUUAAUCCAUGCAUAAUGUUCCAGACAACAGCACGGAAGAGUUGUUAUGAAGUUGUAAAUAGCCCUGGCUGAGUAGGUCAGUUGGCUAGCGCGUCAUCCAGGUACACCAAAGUGGCAGGCUCAGUCCCCGGCCAGGCCACAUACGGGAAGCAGCCACUGAAUGCGUAGUAAAGAAGUGGAACAAGAGAUUGUGGGUAUUAGAGGGACAAUAUUCUUAUACAAUGAAUAUGUACUAUUCAACAACAGUAUAAGAUUAAUAGGUAGUACUUUUUUCUUAAAUCUAUUUAAAAAUCUUAUUUGAACCUGUUGGAUUGAUGGGUGAGUUGAAGUGUAUUUCCAUGUGCAUUUAGGUUUAAUUUUUGUUUUGUGCUAAGAGGCCAUUGAAAUUUGACAGUAUGGUAUUUGUUGGGAUUUUCCUACUGGACUUCUGGCAAUUCCUAUAAAUCCCUAGUUCAUUAUAUAUAUUUUACCUUUUUUAGUGACAAGAUUUCUCUUGGAUUUCAAGUAAAAGAGCCUUUCUUUAUAAUUAUAAACAGUUGGAAUAGUUAUUAUGGCAAGUUUAUUAAAGAAUAUGGUUUCAUGUGAGUUAUUUUCAUUUGGACUUUUACUUUUGGUUCUUUUUUUCUGACUAUUUGCUGAACAGACUUUGAUUUAAGAGAGACCUGUGAUAGGAUGAAAAUCUAGAGCUGGGAUGUAUUCCUGCAAAUAAUGUUAUUAGCUGGGUUUUCCAAAAUUCAUUCCUUUUAUGGUUCCUUCUUAGAAUUCACCAGCACCUUUACUUGCAUACGAUUUCAAAAAGAGUACCAAAGAAGGCAUUAGUCAGAUUUUGGAGCCAUCAUUCAGGGAGAGCUACAUAGGAGUUUCAAAGACACCAGAUUUUAUUCCAUGUUCAGGAUUUUUUUUGUACUUCCAAUCAAAAAGUAUCCUCAAAACCACCAACUGUUUCAUAUUCAUUUUCUAUGAGAUGUAGAUUUCCCACUGAUAUUUUCAGAAGAUCCAUCAGAGUUUGGAUUUUUUUGUCAGAGCUCUUGUCCACUAGGAAACUGAUUCAGACUCUUAUACUUGGGAAUAUUGUCUGAUUCCCCUUUUCUCUAGAUUAUGUCCAUUUAAGAUCUGGUUUCUACAGGAAACCUUAAGUUGUCAACAGUGCCAGUCAGCAUGUGGUCCUGAUUCACCAUGACACCUACAAUUGUGCGCUCACAAAGAAGGAUACGGGAGUUUGGUUCUCCACCACAUUGUACACUGGCUGCCUUGAUCUGUUCCUUUCAUCGGAGAAAUGUGUGAAGCAGCACAUUUUUCCCAUCUGGAAGACUGGCGGGGAGGGGUCCUGUUACUUGUAGCUAAAUGUAUAUUUUCAGUGUUUUUCAUUACUUUAGAUGUGAUUAAAACUAUGUGUAGCUUUU